GACCGGCGGGGGCGAGGCGGGAGUGGCGGUGCCAGCGGAGGGCACCGGCCGGCGUGGCGGCGGCGGCGGAGCGCGGCCCCGGGCUCACCAUGGCCGAGCUGCUGCGGAGCCUGCAGGAUUCCCAGCUCGUCGCCCGCUUCCAGCGCCGCUGCGGGCUCUUCCCUGCUCCGGAUGAAGGCCCCCGGGAGAAUGGCGCGGACCCCACGGAGCGCGCAGCGCGGGUCCUCGGGGUCGAGCAUCUCCCCGCUGUCAACUGCAAGGGCGGCGGGGCCCCGGCCAACGGGCUGCGCAGAGCCGCGGCGCCGGAGGCUUAUGUACAGAAGUACGUCGUGAAGAAUUAUUUCUACUAUUACCUAUUCCAAUUUUCAGCUGCUUUGGGCCAAGAAGUGUUCUACAUCACGUUUCUUCCAUUCACUCACUGGAAUAUUGACCCUUAUUUAUCCAGAAGGUUGAUCAUCAUAUGGGUUUUGGUGAUGUAUAUUGGCCAAGUGGCCAAGGAUAUCUUGAAGUGGCCCCGUCCCUCCUCCCCUCCAGUUGUGAAACUGGAAAAGAGACUGAUUGCUGAAUAUGGAAUGCCGUCCACCCACGCCAUGGCGGCCACCGCCAUCGCCUUCACCCUCCUUAUCUCUACUAUGGACAGAUACCAGUAUCCAUUUGUGUUGGGACUGGUGAUGGCUGUAGUGUUUUCCACCUUGGUGUGUCUCAGCAGGCUCUACACUGGGAUGCAUACGGUCCUGGAUGUGCUGGGUGGCGUCCUGAUCACCGCACUCCUCAUCGUCCUCACCUACCCUGCCUGGACCUUCAUUGACCGCCUGGACUCAGCCAGCCCCCUCUUCCCCGUGUGUGUCAUAGUUGUGCCAUUCUUCCUGUGUUACAAUUACCCUGUUUCUGAUUACUACAGCCCAACCCGGGCGGACACCACCACCAUUCUGGCUGCUGGGGCUGGAGUGACCCUAGGAUUCUGGAUCAACCAUUUCUUCCAGCUUGUAUCCCAGCCGGCUGAACCUCUCCCUGUCAUUCAGAACAUCCCACCGCUCACCACCUACAUGUUCGUUUUGGGUCUGACCAAAUUUGCAGUGGGAAUUGUGUUGAUCCUCUUGGUUCGUCAGCUUGUACAAAACCUUUCGCUGCAAGUGCUAUAUUCAUGGUUCAAGGUGGUCACCAGGAACAAGGAGGCCAGGCGGAGACUGGAGAUUGAAGUGCCUUACAAGUUUGUUACCUACACAUCUGUUGGCAUCUGCGCUACAACCUUUGUGCCAAUGCUGCACAGGUUUCUGGGAUUACCCUGAGUCUCAGACAGUUGGAAACUAGCCCACUGGACAUGAGAGCCAAGACAUAGGAAAGUUAUUGGUAGGCAAAUCUUGACAACUUAUUUUUCUUUAACAACAACAAAAAGUCAUACAGCUGUCUUGCUACUACCAGAUAAAUGAUGCUGCUGUGUGAAAGGAAAAA